AUGGAUAGCUUACUGAUUAUAUUACUUAUUAUUCUUUUAUUGCUGGGUUGCUUCCUCGCCUUCAAUCGAUAUCGAGACUAUCAGUAUUUCAAGGAACGUGGUAUUCCAACGCCACCGUUUAAUUUUUUGUUCGGUCAUUUGCUAAAAAUGUGGUCAGCAGACUCUUUCGCUCAUCAAUUACAAAAAUGGACUGUUCAGCACGGCAAAAUCUAUGGAAUUUUUGCUGGUUCUUCACCUAUUUAUAUUGUAUCUGAUGUCGAUUUUCUUGAGCAAGUGUUUAUCAAACAAUUCUCGAAUUUUUAUAGACAUGCAACAGAUGUAACAGAACAUACUGUAACAAAAUCAAAACGUGGUCUUCUAAUUGCGAGUGGAAAUCAAUGGCGAAGACAGAAACAAAUUGUCGGGUCGAUCAUAUCCACAGGCAUGAAACAGAUGAACUCGCUCUUUGAUAAGUGCAUUAAUGAUAUGCUGGUCACAUUAGAAACAUCAACAAAUACUGAUAAUGAAGAAUUUAACAUCUAUCCAUUGUACAAGGCAACCUUUUGGAAUAUGGCGUGCGGCACAUUUGGUAUCGAUACAUCUAUGGAGAAAGAAGCGACUGACGAAUUAUUUGAUACAUUUGAAAAGUUUUUUACAACGAACGCUAAUGAUUAUACAUUAUUAAGAGCAGUUGAAAUGUUUCCUUCUUUCGACACUAUUCUACUUCGAUUAUUUGAACUGUACAAUGGAGUAGGCCAAUUCAUUUCUCGUAUAAUAUGGCGUAUAUUUCGCAAUAUGAUGUUCGAAGGAUAUGCGUUAUAUAGAGUUAAACAACAAUUGUUAUCACUAUUUGAAAAACGAUGGAAAAAUUCAAAUUAUUGGCGAACUGUUCAAACACAAACCACAGAUUUUCUUGCCAUGAUGAGUGUCAUGCUAACUUUCGAUCCAAUUACGGAUGAGAAAGAUACUGUCGAGGGAAAAUCAGAACAACAACAGCAACAACGUCUGAUUGGUCCACAUGAAAUUGUUGAUAACGCUUUUGCUUUUAUGGGAGCUCAGUAUGUGGGAAAUGCUGCUAUAAUGGCUUGUUCUUCUCACAUAUUAGCCACCCAUCGCGAUGUACAGAAAAAACUUCUAGAAGAAAUCGAUCACUUCUUGCCUCCUAUCAACCAGAAACAGAUCGACGGUGAUGUUGUCGCCAAAAUGCCUUAUCUCGAUAUGUUUAUUCGGGAAAUUUUACGAAUGUACCCAAUUUCCACGUUAGGUAUCGAGCGAAGAUGUAUGAAAGAUACCAUAGUUCAAGGUUUACAUGUAACUAAAGGUUCUGUAAUUCAAGCUGAUGUGUAUUCAAUUCAUUUUGAUCCUGAUCUAUGGGGACCUGAAGAUCCAAAAAGUUUCUGUCCAGAACGACAUUCUACGACAAGACGACAUGCAAUGGCUCUAUUGUUUUUUGGUGCCGGUCCGAGAAUGUGCCCAGGUGUUCGAUUGGCUCUCACGACUGCUAAAAUGUUACUAGUUCGUCUUCUUCAAAAGUAUACAAUUGAGUCUUCUCAAAACCAAGAAGCAUUAUUGGAUUUUAAGGAAAAAGUUAUUCAAUUACCAACGGAUGCAUGGAUCAAGUUAGUUGUGAGAAAAUGA